GCCUCCGACUGCAACUAGGCCCCACUCACCAGUUACGCGCCAUGCAACCCUACAUGGUCAACAUUAAACUGUCAGCUCGAACUCUCACUGGGGCGCUCAACUCUCAGAACCGAGGGGCAGCAGAUUGGGGCUGGCAAGGAUUGAUUGCAUAUGGAUGCCAUUCUCUUGUUCUGAUUAUUGAUUCCAAGACUGCUCAGACCCUACAGGUUUUAGAAAGACACAAAGCUAAUGUAGUAAAGGUUAAAUGGGCUAAAGAAAACUACCAUCACAAUAUUGGAUCACCUUAUUCUUUGCGGUUGGCUUCUGCUGAUGCCACUGGAAAGAUAAUUGUUUGGGAUGUGGCUACAGGAACUGCUCGCUGUGAAAUCCAAGAGCACACAAAACCUAUUCAGGACAUGCAGUGGCUAUGGAGUCAGGAUGCCUCUCGAGACCUUCUACUUGCAGUUCAUCCACCAAAUUACAUUGUGCUAUGGAAUGCAGAUACUGGCACCAAACUCUGGAAGAAAAGUUAUGCAGAAAACAUACUUUCUUUUUCAUUUGACCCCUUUGAUCCUUCAAAUUUAACAUUGCUUACAAGUGAGGGGAUAGUGUUCAUUUCGGACUUCUCUCCUUCCAAGGCUCCUAUCAGUUCAGGGAAAAAGGUUUACAUUUCCAGCCCUCGUUCUAGUCCUGUUCAUAACAAGCUGGUAUCUGCUGCAGGGGCUAAGAAGGCCCUGGACAAAGUAAAAAUUCUCAUCACUAAUGAAAAACCAAGUGCUGAAUCAGUAACACUGAACGACUGCCUUCAGCUAUCCUACCUGCCUUCCAAACGAAACUACAUGUUGUUACUCUACCCAAGAGAAAUCUUGAUUCUUGACCUUGAAGUAAACCAGACAGUAGGUGUGAUAGCAAUUGAAAGAACAGGAGUGCCUUUCCUCCAGGUAAUCCCAUGUUUUCAGCGUGAUGGGUUGUUCUGCCUACACGAAAAUGGCUGUAUAACUUUGAGAGUUCGCAGAUCUCUUAGUUGUAUAAAUGAUACGUUAAAUGAAGAUCCAGACCCUGACCCCAUUCAGGAGCUGGUCUAUGACUUACGAAGUCAAUGUGAUGCCAUCAGGGUUACCAAGACUGUUCGCCCAUUCACUAUGGUGUGCUGUCCUGUGAAUGAAAAUUCUGCAGCUCUCAUAGUCAGUGAUGGUAGAGUAAUGAUAUGGGAGCUGAAGUCCAGCAUUUCAAGCCAGAGUCUACGUGCUGGCAAUUCAAGUGCACCUUUGUACUCACCUGGCUCAUUCUGUGGAAUUCCUGUUGGAGCAUCUCAGAAUAAACUUCCAGACCUGUCACUAGAUAAUAUGAUAGGGCAAGGCACACUUUCUACUGAAGAGCAACUAAAAAGUUACUGUUUACAGGAAGUGCAUUUAAAGUUCCUGCUAACAGGGCUUUUUUCAGGUCUACCUUUGCCUCCAUUUGCUAUCCGCAUGUGUCCACCUCUUACCACAAAAAACAUAAAACAGUAUCAGCCUCUCCUUGCCAUUGGAACAAGCAAUGGCUCAGUCCUGGUGUAUAACCUUACCAGUGGGCUUCUACAUAAAGAGUUAAGCAUUCAUUCCUGUGAAGUCAAGGGCGUUGAGUGGACAAGCUUGAGUGGCUUCCUUUCCUUUGCUACAUCAACUCCUAAUAAUCUGGGGCAGGUGAGAAAUGAGCUGCAGUUGGUUGAUCUUCCCACAGGUAGAAGCAUUGCAUUUCGUGGAGAACGAGGCGGUGAUGAACCAGCCAUUGAAAUGAUAAAGGUGUCUCACUUAAAGCAAUAUUUGGCAGUGGUAUUUAAAGACAAGCCUUUGGAAUUAUGGGAUAUCAGGACAUGUAGUCUUCUCAGAGAAAUGUCAAAGAACUUCCCCACAAUUACUGCUUUGGAAUGGUCACCUUCUCAUAACUUGAAGAGUUUAAGAAAGAAGCAGCUUGCAGCCCGUGAAGCUAUGGCCCGGCAAACAGUAGUAUCAGAUACAGAACAGAGCAGUCUGGAAUCUUCGGUGAUCAGUUUGUUGCAGGAAGCUGAGAGUAAAUCAGAGCUGAGCCAAAACAUUUCUGCUCGGGAGCACUUUGUAUUUACAGAUACUGAUGGACAAGUUUAUCACUUGACAGUAGAAGGGAAUUCUGUGAAAGACAGUGCAAGAAUUCCUCCCGAUGGAAGCAUGGGCAGUAUAACAUGUAUCGCAUGGAAAGGAGAUAUCUUGGUUCUGGGUGAUGUUGAUGGAAAUUUGAACUUCUGGGACUUAAAGGCCAGAGUAUCCAGAGGCAUCCCCACACACCGAGGCUGGGUGAAGAAGAUACGCUUUGCCCCUGGAAAAGGAAACCAAAAGUUAAUAGCAAUGUAUAAUGAUGGGGCUGAAGUUUGGGAUACAAAGGAGGUACAGAUGGUGAGCAGUUUAAGAAGUGGAAGAAAUGUCAACUUCCGAGUACUUGAUGUUGACUGGUGUACCUCAGAUAAAGUGAUCUUGGCAUCAGAUGAUGGAUGCAUCAGAGUGCUAGAAAUGACAAUGAAAUCAGCUUGUUUUAGAAUGGACGAGCAAGAAUUAUCAGAACCUGUGUGGUGCCCAUAUCUUCUUGUUCCAAGAGCUUCCUUAGCUUUAAAAACAUUCUUGCUACACCAACCUUGGAAUAAUAAAUAUUCUCUUGAUAUUUCACAGAUAAAUUAUCCAGAGAGUGAAAAUGUUAAAAAUCUGCUGCAAGAACAGUUGCACUCAUUGUCUAAUGAUAUCAAGAAACUUUUGCUUGAUCCAGAGUUCAGCCUCUUGCAGCGAUGCCUAUUGGUGUCAAGACUGUAUGGGGAUGAAUCUGAGCUGCAUUUCUGGACUGUUGCAGCCCAUUAUUUAUAUACAUUUUCCCAGGAAAAAACAUUAACUGUAAAAGCAGAAGACGCACUCAAUUCUCAAGAAAAAUGGAUCAAUCCACUAGAUAUAUGUUAUGAUACACUGUGUGAAAACUCAUAUUUCCAGAAAUUCCAGCUUGAAAGGGUCAAUCUCCAAGAAGUUAAAAGAUCAAAUUAUGAUCACACCAGGAAAUGCACUGACCAGCUGCUGCAUUUGGGCCAGACUGAUCGAGCUGUGCAGUUGCUUUUGGAGACAAGUGCUGAGAACCCCUAUUACUAUUGUGAUUCGCUGAAGGCAUGUCUUGUCACAACAGUCACUUCCUCAGGUCCUUCCCAAAGUACCAUUAAAUUGGUAGCAACCAACAUGAUUGCAAAUGGAAAGCUAGCAGAGGGUGUCCAGUUACUGUGUUUAAUAGAUAAAGCUGCUGAUGCCUGUCGUUACCUGCAAACUUAUGGUGAAUGGAAUCGAGCAGCAUGGCUUGCAAAAGUUCGUCUGGAUGCAGAGGAAUGUGCUGAUGUUCUGAAGCGUUGGGUUGAUCAGCUUUGUUCUCCACAAAUCAAUCAAAAAUCCAAGGCCAUCCUUGUUCUCCUUUCCCUGGGUUGCUUCAUGAGAGUUGCAGAGAUGUUACACAGCAUGAGGUAUUUUGAUAGGGCAGCCCUCUUUGUCGAAGCCUGCCUCAACUAUGGAACAAUUGAAGUCAACGAAGAUGCAAAAAAACUAAUUCAUGCAGUAUUUGCAGAUUAUGCCAGAAGCCUGAAGACUCUGGGGUUUAAGCAGGCUGCUACUUUAUUUGCCUCAAAAGCAGGAUCAGCUGGCAAAGAUUUAUUGAAUGAACUUGAACAGCUGAAAGAAGAGGAGUGACAGCUCUUAACCACUAAAAAUUGAGAUUUCCCAUCAGAUGGAGUCAUCAGUGAAGUAACUUUUUUAAAAGACAAUGAAGGGGGAUUUCUUUUUGGUGAAAAAUACAGUUAUGGUCACAGUAGAAAUUGGAAAUGCUGAAUGUCAUGUGUGGACAGAGUUUUCUUUCAAUUUGUGGAGAUAACAACUAUAUUUCUCUUCAACAAAAGUUUCUUUAGAUAUAUGUGAAAACCAUAGGGCCAGGGCCAGUCCAAUAUUUGCUGCACCUAAGCAGCUGUACAAUAUCAUCUGAGAUGUGCAACAGGAGCUCUUGUAACGAUACUGGGACCAAAUUCUCAGAUUGCACAAAGCCACAUAUGAUGAAAGGACUGCUCUGGCAUCCUCUGUGACUCUGAAAGGGGUCCCAUUUUGUGGAUUGUACUCUGUUUAACUGGUACUCCUGCAUAUGUUGCUGCUCCAAGCAAUCACAAAGAGUGCAUGCUCAACUGAUUAUAAAUUGGUAUUUCAUCUCAAAUUGAGCAUGGUUGAAAAGGAAGAACUUUCUGCUAAAAAGCUAAGCAAUUUGCAUGUAAAUCAAAACUGUUUUACAGCUUAUUGUCCAAGUUUUGGAUGCUGAUCACCAUUCCAAGGAUGUUCACAAAGGAGCUAUGCAAUUCCUGAGCUUGCCUGACCAUUCUUCCUCACAUAGAGAACAUUUUUUAAAAAGGAAUCCUGUCCAAGCUUUUCCUCAGUUGGUAUGUCUUCUUUCUUCUCACUGGCCCACGUGAUUACUAAAGAUCCUGCUGUAGACUUGCUUACAGGCACUGAGCUGAGGAUGUGUAUAGAGAAUAUAUAAUGGGCUCCUAAAUUUUAGCACAGUCAGAUUAGGAAGCGAAGCAUAAUCAGAAAAGCUCAUAAAUUACCAAAGUCUCUUACUCAAGGAGUUCCUUGAACCCUUCAGAGCCAGCUUUGAAGACUUUGGUAUACUUCUUGUGUCAAGGAGAUGAAAUUUCAAGGGGGCUUUUCAAUCAGAACAGUAAAAACACAAGAACCUUGCUAGAUCGGACCAAAGACCCAUCUAGCCCAGCAUCCUGUUCAGUGGCCAGCCAGGUGCCCGUAGAAAGCCUACAAGCAGGGUGUGAGGGCAAUAGCCUUCCCCUGCUGCUGGUUCCCAGCAGCUAGUAUUCGGAGGCACACUGCCUCUGAUUCUGGAGGUAUUAUAUUGUCAUCAUGACUACUAGUUGCUAUAGCCUUAUCCUCAAUUCAGUCUGAUCCCUUUUUAAAGAUGUUAACGUUGGUGGCUUUAAUGAAUCUGCAUAGAAAACUAAAAAAUAUUGCCUCUGCUCUCUCAUUCAUUUCACUGAGUUCUCUUGGCUGCUUGAAAUGAAACUGAGGUUACGCUUCUGUCAGUUGUUUAAUAGGGUUUUCUGUUUAGAACUGGGAUGGGGAGCCUUUUCUGGGGUAGACAAAACCACUUGGGGAUGGGGCUUGGCCUGGGGAAAGUUCCAAGGGCUGGAUAAAGAGGCUUGCAGGGCUGCAUUUGGCCUGUGGAUUGUAGGUUCUGCUUACUUGUUUGAGAAGGAAAAGGGUGGUUCUAUAUUUGUUCUUUUGUAUAUUAGGCAGAAGGUGUGUUUAAUCACACACUUCAGAAAUACAGCCUGAUUUCUUUUGUGUGGAGACUGAGAGGCCACAUUCACACCACAUAUUUAUUCCACUUUAAAAAGUCAUGGCUUUCCCCAAAGAAUCCCAAGAAGUGCCGUUUGUGAAAGGUGUUGAGAGUUUUUGGGAGACUCCUAUUCUCCUCACAGUCAAUCCCUUUCCCAGACAACUCUGACCAUUGUAGCUUUAUCAGGGUCUUCUGACAACUCUGAACACCCUUCAGAAAUCUCACUUUCUUUGGGGGAAGCCAUGAAUGUUUAAAGUGGAAUAAAUGUGUUGGGUGGAUGUGGCCAGAAUUAGAAAAAAAGAUUUAGGCAGUUUAGAUUGCCAUCCCAUUCAGUAUACAAUACAGCUCUAUUAAGAAAAUGUCUAUUUUUGACACUUUAUGCUACAUUUCCCACAAAAAAGUCACCAUGGGUUUUCAUAAUCAGUGUGUUGUAUAUCUGUGGUUGAGUUCCAGAAUUGAGUUGGGUUCCACAGAGGUAUCUAUGGGUUCUAUUUUUGAAGCGUACGUCCUCAAUGUAAGAGAACACAUAAAAGCUCCCAAUUUUUAUUGAUGCUCUAAUACAAUAUAAUGUGUAUGUUGUACAUAAAGUGUACUGCUGCAGUACAGUACUAAGUGACAGAUUCUCAGAGGAGGAAAGGACUCGUGUACCUUGGGGACCGCUUCUCUGUUCAUCAUUCCUGAUAGUAGGGUGGGGUAAGCCAUUCAACUAGAGCAAGCAUCCAAGGGCUGGGGAAGGAGAGUCAGAAAUGAACAAACACAUUGAAGACUUUAUCAAAUGAACGUCAGCCCUAAACUUUGGCAAGAAGAAUUCUCAUCUAUGUUGAGCUUAUACUAAUGUAAUACUAAUGUUGAGUACAAGAAAACAGGGCACACAUGCAUUUGGUUUUUGGUUAUAUAAACUCACCUGUAUUGUUUUGUCUAGUGUGUUUAUAUAAGGCUGUUGUUAGGACCUAUUUGCAUUCCGUGUUUAUAUAAUUUCCUCCGUGAUACACACUUAGAAACAAGUUCUGCAUCCUCAAACUCCGCUAUGUUUAGUAGUUUAAACUGAUCAGUUAGUAGCACAAAUAUGAUGUGCUACUUGGAACACAGCAACUGCAAAUUGAUGCAUUGCCUCUAAGAGCUAGUGCCACUCUGGAGCAGCAAGGGGGGGGGAAUGAAAUAUUUUACAUAGGAAGAACAACAAAGCGUUCGCGUUCAAGUUCUCAUGAGUGUAAUGUGUGUGUAGUUGGAUAUUCAAAUACUUUUCUGGAAACGAUAUCAUCUGUUCCUGGUGAAAUGUAAUAUGCACUGGACUGUGAAUUUAACUACCUUUUGAAACUGUCUUAUCUGGUUCCUUUUCAUACAGAUUGGUUUGUAGCAUCAGCACAGUAGAAGAUCUUUUGAUGCUGCCCCUUUCAUCAGGUUAUGAGUUCAAAAGUGUUGGGACUUAAGUCUG